AAGCCGUUGGAGAGUAAAGUUGAAAUCUUGGUGACUGAAAUAUGUACCAAAUAAGGGCAGUUGUCUCCAUAUUUUUAAUCUUGGUCCUAGGUGACCUUGUUACCGGAUUAAAAGAGCCUGUUUGCGGACUGAAGCCAGCUGCCGAUGGUUUUGGAAAAAUGGCUUGCAAAGCAUAUGUGCCAUCGUUCACAUACUUUUCGUCUACUAAUAUGUGUGAGAAAUUUAUUUAUGGUGGAUGCGGUGGCAAUGCAAAUAGGUUUAGUACUAAAGAACAGUGUGAGGCCAAGUGCAUGUAAUAGCUUUCAUGUUUAAUAAACCUGAACAUAAUCAAAA